AUGGCCAUAGCCCGAACCCUGCCACUGCUGCUGCUGCUGCCUCUCUCCAGUCUUGGCCCUGCUGCGGCAGCUCGAAUUCCCCCACCACGACCUUGUGCCCAGGAUCCCGAGUUCCAGUGUCAGGACAUAGAGACAGUUAUUCGCUGUGGAGUCUUGGGUCACUGCCUCCAGAAGGUCUGGGGAUAUGCUGACACAGGUGACCUAUGCCAAGAGUGUGAGGACAUCAUGACCAUUCUCACCAAGGUGGUUAAAGAGGCAUUUUUCAAGAAAACCAUUCAGCGCUUCCUGGAGGAAGAAUGCUCCAAACUGCCAAUUAAGCUCAUGAUCCCAAAUUGCCAGCACAUAGUGGAUGAGUACUUGUCUCUCCUCAUCUCGCACUUCCAAGGACAGAUUCCAAAUAAGGUAUGUGGGAGUCUAGGCCUAUGUGAAGAGAAGGUCUCACUCUCGGCAUGGGACCCAAAAUUUCAGGAUCUGUCAGAGAAGUUGGUCCCAGCAUUUCUGGAGGACUUCCCAGGAAGACCCGGGGCUCACACCCAGGACCUCCUGGAGCAGAACUUUCCCUUCCCGCUUCCCUUCUGUUGGAUCUGCCGAACCUUAAUCAAUAAGAUUCAAACUGUGAUCCCCAAGUCUGUGCUGGCACUGGCUGUCGCUCAAGUGUGCCACAUCGUGCCCCUGGCGGUGGGUGGCAUCUGCCAAUGCCUGGCUGAGCGCUACACCAUCAUCCUGCUGGAUGCAGUGAUGAGCCGAGUGUUACCCCAGCUGGUCUGUGGCCUCCUCCUUCGAUGUACCGUUGAAGGGAGCUACAACCCAGGACUUCUCCCAAACCAAUGGACACUGUCAGACCCAGACUGCCACCUCUGUGUCUCUGUGACCAGCCAGGCAGCAUUGGAACUGCCUGCAAACAGCACAGAGAGAGACAUAGAGAAGACACUGCUUAGCAUCUGCAACAACCCCCGGCUAGACUGGCAGGAGUGCCAAGGUUUGGUGGAACAACACUACCCCUCAUUACUGUCCUUGCUGCCCCGUGGCCGAGACCCCCAUAUCAUCUGCCAGGCCCUGGGAAUGUGUGAGACGGAUCUCAGUCAACCUCGGACCCCAACCUGUGCCCAGGGCCCCAGCUUCUGGUGCUCCAGCAUCCAGGCUGCCAAGGAAUGUCAUGCCGUCCUGUAUUGCAAAAUACACGGGCAGGAUUGA